AAUUAGCCCUUUUAAUUGCGAGUUAAAAAGGAAAAGGGAAAAACGUGAUAUAAUGUAGCAAAAUGUUGAUUUCUGGCUUGAAACAUAUAUUACACACAACGUGCGGCAGACAUCACCUUGAGUGUUGGUGUUGUGUAACCUGACGAGCAGGCACGGGUUUAGGGAGUUCUUCUCCUUUUGGAUGCUUAUAACUUCGCUUGCAUGAUGAACUCGUCUGAGGACAUCUACAACUACAAAUGUUCGGACAAGGGUCUGCUACUUCCAGCCAUUAAUGAGUACACAUGGGCCCUGGGCGUCCGGAUAUUUUUCUAUUUGAUCGGAAUGCUCUGGUGCUUUCUCGGGAUCGCAAUCGUAGCAGACACGUUUAUGAUCGGUAUCGAGAAGAUUACGAGCAAGACGCGGAUCAUCCGGGUCUCCAACCAGAAGUCGGCGACCGGAUAUGACGAGUUGGAGGUUAAAGUCUGGAACGACACAGUCGCAAACCUUAGUCUUAUGGCAUUCGGAACCAGCGCACCGGAAAUCCUCCUCAACGUUAUCGAAAUAUGCUUUAAGGGAUUCAAAGCCAACGAUCUCGGUCCUGCGACAAUAGUAGGAUCGGCCGCCUUCAAUUUGCUGAUCAUAACCGCUGUGUGUAUAACGAGUAUACCUAAAGGUGAAGGUCGUAAGAUCGGAAAUGUGCGCGUGUACUGCGUGACGACGGGGUUCAGCGUGUUCGCAUACGUGUGGAUGCUUCUGGUGCUGCUGGUCAUCUCGCCGGAAGUGGUGGAGCUGUGGGAGGCGGUGGUCACCUUUCUCUUUUUCCCCGUCCUCAUCGUCAUAUGCUUCCUCACUGACAAGAUGUACUGCUGUCGCCGCUCCAACAAGACUGCCUCUGAGGUCGAGAUAGGCAUAGGUGAAGAUAUGUAG